AUGAACCAAGUCAUUUCAAACCCAAAAUACUCGUCUCAUGCCGCUGGUGCGUUGAAAGGAAUAUGGUCCUACUUGAAAAGUACGGCUAGACCAACAGUUCAAGUUUCUCGAGUUCAUGCGCAGCCCAAUUCAAAGCUAUUGUUCAUUUCGUCGCCAAGAGCAGCCAGUGGUCAAUGGCCAACGCCAAAACCAAAAACGAAAGCUAAAACUGAAACUAAAACUGGCGCAUCGAAUUUUAUUGCUGGUGGUUUUUUAAAACCAACUGGUUGCGGUAGUAGUGCUGCUGCUGCUCAAUCAAGAACUGGCGAGUUUGGAAUCAACCAGAGCCAAGGUCUUUUUGUUCCACGCAACCCAUCCAAAGUCAGCUACUACAAGUCAUUGAAACAAUGGUCAAAGUCAGCCACCAACGACGAUGGCUGGGAGGUCCUCAUUGGACACGAAGACCUCGAUUUGAGAGCCCUUCGUGAUGAGGACUUCCAAGAGUGGAGACAAGAGGUGCUCAAGCCAAUCAACCCGCGACGCGCUGAUGUCACCCCCUCACCAUUUAUCGAUCCUGAAGCUCAAAGGAGAAAACCAUUGAUUAUCGCGGAUGGUGGCAAAAGGACUGCACCUCAUUCCAAUACCAAAUUGAAGGAAAAGAGGGCAGCUGAUUCAACUGCUCCAGCUGAAGAGGCGAAUGUCCAGUUGCAAAUGGCAAUCAUGGCUUCCAUUCAAAACCAAAAGUGUUUCCUGAGUGCAAAUUACUCAUCGAUUGACGUUGGCAGUUCGCAAUCUCACUCGCUUGCAAAUUCCAGCUCCUCGGAAACUGUACCACAGUCACAAUAUUUGACACCGCCAACAUCGGAAUCCGUCGAGAUGCAAGAUCCACAAACAUGCACGCGAGAUGACUCGAAUGGAUCUUGCACAUCUGCCUCGACUUUGCAAAAGAUUAUCGCUAAAGUUGCCAAAUUUUUCGAAAUUAUUCAGAAAUUUACAAAGAGGAUUAAAAAAACGCUAAGGGCAUUGCAAAGUAGAGAAAGUUAA